AUGGAAACGAUCAAUGUUUAUGAUUACCUUGAGAAUGAUCAUACAUUGAUCAAUGAUCUUAUUGAUCUUAAUCUUGAUUCAUCUACUGCACCGGAUUCUAUCUUUGAGACCAGUUUAUAUGAUGAACAAAACGAGCAGAUUUUACAUGAUCGGAAUACUGCAAGACACGAUGUUACUCCGCCAAAUCAGAUGCCACCAGUCACUGUCCUAAGCCAUGGAGCCCGGAAUCCAAUGACAGCUGCUAAAGUUGAAUAUAUUGAUUUUCUGCCUGACUAUCCAGCCUCAGAUCCCAAUGGUUAUGCAUAUAUCAUCAAUACACGUGCUCUACAUCCUGACGUUGUUGGAAAAGCAUUGACAUCAUUUCAAUACUCUCAUCGGGGUGUCGGUUCAAGCCGUGAAACAUACUCAACUUUUCUAAGAUGUCAAGUCAAGAGAUAUGCUCUUCAAUGUACUGGAGUUAGAAGAUGUGAAUAUCUUUCUCCAGAAUUACAAGGAUUGAGUCAUACGCAUGCUACAGAGUCAAUAUUUGAACAUAUGAGAGACCUUCAUGCUCAAUUGAUUCAGAGGGACACUUCUAUGGAGGAGCGACGGUCGCGGAGUGUUUUUCGUGCCAUUCAAAAACGGUUUGCAGUUAACAAUGGAUGUUCCUUUCCACAGCCAGGUUGUCGUCCUAUAUUUGGGCGAUUCAGCCCAGAUAUUGCUGGAGUUUGCCAUCCAUUUAUCACGUGUGUUAAUCGCCUUUCAGCAGAUAAUAAGACUCUGCACUUCUUUUUAAAUCUGAGCUCAUCAUCUGUGUCUUAUGAUAUCCCUCUCCUACAGAGUCUCUUUGAAUCAGAGAGUCCAAUUCUAGAUAAUGAAUUAUGUGGUGUCAUUGAACAGAAAACAAGCCGCCGUCCAACGUGUGGUGUAUCUCAUCCCCAAGGCCCAGGAAAAAUGACAACGAUGGGCUGUAAGGUCUCUUUUAGGAUUCUUAUUCCAUUGGAUCUAGAUGAGUGUUCAUAUGCUGUCUUUCUAUCUACUGGCACUCAUUCCCAUCCUCCCCCGCCCCCAAGCAAGCCACCACAAAUUAUCUUAGAUGAGAUCCUUGACUUGAUGAAGCGCAUGCGAAAUCCAGAUCUCACACUGAGCACUUUCCUCCGCAGCCCACAGCUGAAGGAAUUUUGUCAGAAGUACGAUGGAAAAGAACUCUCUCAGAUCCAUUACAGCUUUGUAAAUCGAGACAAGCUUUCAGCUCUUACUACUAAGAUAAGAGCUCUUCUAUUUCCUCAGGGAAGAGACUUUAAUGGGGUAGUCUUUGAGCAUCAACGGAAUGUAAAAUAUCAGACCUAUGUACGACGAAUAUUUGCAGAAAAUGAUUGUAUUAUGAUAAUAUGUGGAUUUGAUCAACAGAUUCAAUUUCUGGCCUCUCUAUCAAGCUUUGAGGUGGACAUGUCCUAUAAGAGAGUCAAGGGAGCCUUUAAUGAGGUGAUAUUUGCAACAUUUCUUCCUGAUCAUAACAAGGUCUUCACACUGCUCCGGGUGUUUAUCAAUCAGGAGACUGCUGAAAGUUAUAGACUUUUAUUCCAGCAAGUGUUCUCUCUCGUUUCUGAAGUAUGUGGAAGACCAGUAAAGUUCCAUUAUUUACACAACAGUGGGAUAAAGGCUGUUGUGGUUGAUAUGGAUGCAAAACAGAUGUCUGGUCUUGGCCAUUACCUUCAAUCUCUAGAUCCAUUAUGUCGACCGUGGACAUGGCAGCUAAAAAAUAUUAUUAUUUUUUGUCAUGUCCACUUCAAACGAACAAUCACUAGGCUAUUGGGAUCAGAUAGAGAUUUAGGAUCUGAAGAACUGUAUCAUUCUCCCUGGUUCAGAAUGAAAAGUCUUCUAUCUUGUGAGAGUGAAGAUGACUAUUAUCAUUUGAUUGCACUUCUACAAGAUAAUGAGAGCCCGGAGAUCGUUCAGUGGGCUGAGCAUAAAAAACACCCUGUUAUUGCAGCUGGUCUAAAUAAGGCUUGUUCCUUGAUGAAUCCUACCUUUUUUGAGUCUACAAGGAAUAUUACAAAUGCUGUUGAGCAGAGUCAUUACAAGUCAUACUGGAUGGGUGUAUACGAUUCUUUGCUUGGUGCCACAUUGGGAUCUUUCACCAUUGAUCAGCGUGAUAUUGACCAGUACAAUGCCAGAGUGGCCUUUGGAAUCUAUCACAAUUCCAGAGAUAAUAGCCUAGAGACCCGAUAUUACAAUCAUUUGGGCAAUGACAAUACACGAAAAAGAAAACAAGCAAAUCAUUCAGAUUCUCAACAGUCAGACAUAGAAGAUGAUAUUCUAUUUCAGUCCAGCUCCUCUGGCUUUAUACCUGCGAGAAGAAGAGGUAGCUCUCAUUCUUCUAGAGGUCGGGGUUCAAGGUCACCAUCUGUGGUAUCCUUAAGAUCAAGACGAUCUGUCAAUUCCCCAUCCGCAAGAUCAUCAUUUCAUGCACAGACACCAAAUCUGCAACAGACUGCAAUGGCUAAUAUUCAAUUUCAAUAUCAAAAUCAACAACAAGAGAGAGAUCUGGAAUAUGAUAGAGAACGGGUAAGGUUACUGGAAAGGCAAUUAGAGCUCGAGGAACGACUUCAGGCUAUACGAGGGAGAACUAGUUCCUAUUAUUAA